AUGCGCCUUUAGUUGCUGCGAGCAUCUCGUUAGUGGUAGUCGCUUAUUGGUUUUGUUCAUAUCCAGCACACAGGAUUGGUAUCUAGCGAAUUUCACUUUCUGGCUGAAAAAGGCAUUUGUGUUGUGAAAGCAUAAAGCAGUGAAAUACUAGCAAAGUGUGAAAAUUAAACAAUAAAGGUUAUUGUUUUUUUAAAGCGAAAAAAACCUAAACCAACUGGAUUUUAAAAAAUUAUUGUUAAAUGAACAAAGUCACAAAUUGGAAUAAAUUUGAAAUUUUUUUAUUAUUCGUUUGUUUUAUUCCUCAUUUAAUAAAACAAAAUGGUUGUGAAGCCUGAGUUAGACGAGCUUGUCAUCGCUUUGCAGCUUUGGAUUAAAACACAGCCGCACUUGCCACAGGCCAUAGAGAAGCCGGUGCUCGAACGUUUUCUCUAUUCGGUGUUCGGCGACGUGGAGGGCGCAAAGCGGCUGAUCGAACUUAACUACGGGCUGCGCAACAAGUAUCCACACAUAUUCCUGCAGCGCGAUCCUACAGAUCUAGAGUCCCAGCAGUUGUUGCAAGUCGCUGAUUUGCUGCCGCUGCCUGGGCUGACGCCGGACAAAAAUAAGUUGCUCUUCUACCGUCUAACUGAUUACGAGGCAGAUAAGUUUAAUUUUACGGCCGCCAUCAAAGUGUUCUUCAUGAUGGCCGACCUGCGUUUUGUCGUGCCCGAUGAGGUGGGCAUGUGCGAUGGUGAGGUGCCCAUUUUCGACAUGGCCGGCUAUAGUUUGCGGCACGUGGGUCGUACGGUUUUUAGUUCAUUACGUAUUUACAUGAAGUUUGUUCAAGAGGCGCAUCCAGUGCGUUUAAAGGCCAUACAUGUGCUGAAUUGUCCGUCUUAUCUAGAUAAGGUGCUAACGGUGGUGAAGCCGUUCAUCAAGAGUGAGGUGUUCAAGUUGAUCCACUUUCACCUACCUAAUGCCGAAACACCCUAUGAACACUUUCCGCGUGAAAUGCUGCCAGAGGAAUAUGGCGGCAAGGCAGGGCAAAUGGCUGACUUGAAAGAAAAAUGGGUUAAGCUGCUGAUAGAGAAGAGAGAUUAUUUGAUGAAUCCCGAUGCGUGGAAGAUCGAUAAAACAAGGAAACCAAAAACUUUUGUAGCUGAAACCAACCAGGAGCCGGAUAAGGUUUGCCCGAGCUUAAAAACUUUGGAGAUUGAUUAAGGAAGCAGUUAUCUUUGUAUAUAUGUAUAUAUGUAUGUAUUGUAAAAUUUCGCGAAUUUCAGAUGUAGUUGGAUUCAAUAUAAAAUGGGUAAAGUAAGCAACUUGAAAAUUUGCAAUUGUAAAAAUUCCCUCUAAAAGUAUAA